GGUCGGUUGACAACACUGUUAGAGAAGCACUGUUUCCAUCCGCGCCAGCCAGCCAUCUGUCCGUUGGGUGGUCGACUGUCGGAUCUGGAUGUGAUUCAUUCACGAGGCCACAUUCAGGAUGUCUUCGAACACAAGCCCAGCGCACCAUCGAUUCUCUGGGGACUACGACGCCUUCUACGAUCCAGAGUUUACCGCCGAAAUCAGCAAUAAGAUGCGGGUGCCACAGAAAAUCAGCGUCGUGGAUCAAGAUGAGUAUAAGCUCAUCGAGGACAUGGGCCCCAACAAGCUGCAUUUCAACGACGCGGCCUACAUGCACGUUCCCGAUCGAAUUCUAGUCAGAGGGGGCAACCAGCACAUCGAAGGUCGGGACCCCCUGCCGGAGACGCGGCUGGAGCAGUCGCUCGUGGGAUCCGCGGAAGAAACCAUCCUGUUGUCGACUCCUCCACGGACGCUGACCCUGGACAUGCACGCUUACCCCGCCGUGGACAUGGAGGAUGAGAACGCCGAAAACCGCUCUGCUCUAAAAUUCCGCAGGAAGACGACCCUCAGCAAGCUGCACAACGGAGACAUCACCUUCGUCAACUCAGGAUCAGCACCCGCCACACCGCCAGGGAUUCCGGGUUCGGACGACGAGCUGGGAAUGCUGAAGAGGCAGAUCCGCAACGUGAGCCGGCGGCUGGUGGCAGUGGAGCAGGAAAACCAACAGCGGCAACAGCGAGAGGUGGUGCUGUACUCUGUGGGGCUGCUCUACUUCCUCCUCAAGGGCCUGUUCUGGCUCAACCGGAACUGGUGAAUGCGCACGGCCGACGGACAGAACCCAAAGAUAGUUAGCCCCUUCGUAGGACUCUGAAGGGGAUGGCUUAGGAACUCGGGUGGCCUCUAAUGCCAGAGUCCCACUAGAGCGACAAACGGAAACGGCCGACUCCAACAAGCCCCAAGCACGUGCAGCAUGCUCACGAGGGUGCCCCCGCAAACAGCAUCGGCCGAAGUACCCGAUCCAACCUUUUUCUGCGUAUGCGGUCCCCACAAGCUCUAUCAUUUCUCAAUUUGGCAAAGAGCACAAAGCAUGGGCUCUCCAUUUAGCGUUCCGUUCCUAGUUUGGAUUGCAGCUUUCUCAAAAAUCAGGCAGGUAUACCAAUGAAGCACAAAGAAAUGUGUGAUCUCGUAUUGCCCCCCCCCCCCCCCCCCCCCCCCCCGCCAGUACCUUUACCGGGCUUGCAGCCUCCCGGCACUCGCGAAGUAAGCAUGAGCGAUUACGAGCCUGCCAAAUACGCCUUCGCAUGCACGCUGUACGUGCUUGGAGCUUGUCGAUGUUGGUCGUUCUUGUUUGUUGCUCCAGUGGGGCUCCGGCCUUCCAAAACCUUACGUGCAGGGCAAUUGCGUUUGGUCGAUCAAAAGGUCUGGCGGCUUGCUUGCGGCGACAUUUGGAUCGGCCUUGAGAUGGAAUUGCCUUUGUUUGGAAUGUCCAUAACCGUAGAUAAAUUGAAACUAAACCUCUUCCGCCAUAGGCAGCGUUUUGUUCCGGAUGUCGGUGCUCAGUUUUGAUUAUUGGUCUGGAUCUCCGCCUCGGAAGAGGCACACGCAUGCAGUAUCGAGUUAGAAGUCACUCAGUGUUUUGCGAGUCUCGCACGUAACCGCAGGCAGGGCAAGAAACAGUCGUAAUACCGUCGCGCAUUAGUGAUUGCAAUAUGGCUGUGUGCCUUCUUGGCUGGACCAUCCGAAUGAGAUCUUAUGUAAAUAGCUAUCGAUUCUGGCGUUGGAUUGCGGCAGGCAAGCAUCAAUUUGUCGGACGUAGCACCGGCAUAUUGCUAUCACUUAAUGAAUUGCUCUGUACAAAGCAGCUUGGUUCUUCAAUGGUUUGAAGGUGCUUGUAAAGAUGUAGCAUCGCCGACACAGUUCGCUCUGCCUACCUGCGUGCACACACUUCCCAAACAUUAUGCAUAUUCGGGACAUAGUAAAAAGCUGGGAGGCUGCAAAGAAGCGGUUCCCAAGCUUUUGGCCCUCGGGUACCCCAAAUGCAUUCUGCAUCGGAGGUCUUGUGCGGUAGCACAGGCAACCUUUUUUCUAUAAUUUUUUUUUUCAUUACUUUACGCAGACCUUUAUGAACACACUCGAGAACCCCUGGAGGUCCGUGGGCCACAGUUUGAGAACCGCUGCUGUCAAGUAAAAACCAGCAAUCGUCUAUGAAUUGCAGCCAAUGUUUCUGUCCUUUCUGCCCUCGUGCAGAGAACAUGACUUAAGAAAAUUGCGGGGCCUAUUUACACCGUGGCUAUGCCACUUGUUCUGAGCAUGAAUUCUACAAGUUUGUAUUUGACAACAAACUGCCCUCUUUACUGUUAUGCCCGUUUUAGUUUUAUGUUAGUUUGCACUGAAUUGAGUCGGUCGUUAGCGGUGUGUCGUACAGUGCACUUUGAUUGUGUAAAUAAAGGAACUGACAGAGACCAG